AUGGCGGCCGAGGCCAUGGGCCGCCAGGGGCUGUGGCCCAGCGACCUGCUGUCCUUCCUGCCCGGCAACGACAAGUGCGACGCCGUCUACGGCCAGAUCUCGGCCGUGGACUCGUACGCGCACGACUGCGCCCACGUCUUCUUCGGGCCCACGUGCGAGUACAGUGUAGCGCCGGUGGGCCGCAUGGUCAAGUUCUGGAACACGCCGCUGCUGACGGUGGGGGCGCUGACGCACGACUUCACCACCCACAAGACGAGCUGCGAGGACGAGUACCACAUGAUGACCCGCGUGGGCACGCUCAGCUUCCGCGACGUGGCGCAGGUCCUCGUCGCCGUCAUGAACGAGUGCGUGCCCGAGUGCCUCUACGCGCUGCACAGUCGGCCAGAAGACCGGUACUCGUGGGAGCGCGCCAUGAUGGUGUACGACAAGGACGGCUUCAAGAACCUCUCCGGGGAGCACACCUGCAAGCUCAUGAUGGAGGCCCUGGUGAAGGUGCUGAAGCAGCUCAAGUUCCAGUACGGCGCGUUCGACACGGAGAAGGCCUCCAACCAGGGCAUGAAGGAGCACCUGCGAAGGGAAGUCGGCAACGAAUUCAGCGGUGAGUACUUGACGGGGGCCCGUCGAAGUCACAUUCUCGAUGGAGUGUGGAGGAAGCAUCUAAGAACCCUGGAGGAGGUUGUUAAAUAUUACGGUAAGGUUGGUUCAGCCAGUGUAUUCAUUGGCAAGCCUGAGAGGUCCUCUUAA